AUGCCAGUCCGUGUUAAUCAGCGCGCCGUAGAGGCGCGGGAACGUAAAGCAGCAGCAGCUGCUGCAAAGGCAGCAGCAGCAGAACAAGAAGCUGAACGAAAGAGAUGGGAAGACAAUGAUAAACUUGUUUCGCGAAAGCUAGAGAGAAAGGCAGAGAGUCAGGCCAAAGCUGAAGAAAAAAUGCAGCGAAAGAUGGAGCUCCGCAAACUAGCGGAUGAGGAGAUGCAGACGUUGGCGGGAAAUUCGACAAAGAAGAACCAGUCCCCUACAAAACUGACGAGGGCUCAAAUAUUGCAGCGGCAACUGAGAGCUGCAGCAAUGGAGAAAGAGGCAUCUUCACCGUCGGACGAGGGUUCAGUGCUGCGUCUUGAGCCGAAUAUAAACCACGUGAUGAGGGCGGAAUCUCUACAAGCGCAGUUAGAGGGCAAGGAUAUUGUUUCGGCUUCAAACUUAGAUGAUGCUCUUAGCCAGCUUGCCGUGUCGGAAGCCGGCGGUGAGGACAGACAUCCAGAGCGCCGAAUGAAGGCGGCCUACCGUGCGUACGAAGAGCAGAUGCUGCCGCGCCUUAAGGCUGAGAACCCAACGCUGAAACGGUCACAGCUUUUAGAGCUGCUUUCGAAGCAGUGGAAGAAGGCUCCCGAAAAUCCAUUGAAUCAGUCAAGCUGA